AAGACUGCAAUGUAGUAGUACAUAAAAACAUCGAUUAAAUCACCAUCAACCUUACGUUCUCCUUCCUUAUUACAUUUAUAAAUAAGCACUUUCACACUCUCCUCCAUAUUUUUUUUAAAUAAGCACUUAAAUCUUUAUGGAAAUCAACCAUUUUUCUUCCACUCAUCACUCUCUAGAACAACUUAUGUUCCAAGAGAUUCAUGAGAAUGAAAAAGUGUCAAACAUGUUCAACAAUCAAAACCAUCAUCAGAAACAACAACAACAACCAGAACAAGAAUUCGACGUUAUUGGUAACUUCAUGUCACUAGAAGAUAAUAUCAACUUCAACCCUUGUCAACAAAAGAAUAAUCAAAACAAAGUUUCAAUUCCAAAACCUUUACAAAACAAUAUGCAGAAGAUGCCAUUGUCUUUAUCAUCUUUAGAGAUUCUCAGAAAUCAUGGAAGCAGAUUCAACAAGAAAAACAUAAUCAAUACUAAAACUUGUUCAAAUUUGGAACAACAUCAAAUGAUGUCAACAGAAGAAAUAAUAAGAGUAGCUGGAACAAGGUAUACUCAAUACUCUUCUUCUCAUUGGAGUGAAAAUAUUUACAUCCAAACACAUCCUUAUGGAUUUGAUUUUCAUGGUUUAACUGAAGAACAAAAUAGAGACAUUGAACUUGCACAGUUUCUAUUUUCAGCAGCUGAAAGGGUAAGUUUUCAACAAUUUGAACGUGCAAAAAAGUUACUUUUUUAUUGUCAAUGGAAUUCAUCUAUCACAGGUAACUCUGUUCAAAGAAUUGUUUUUUAUUUUUCACAAGCACUUUUAGAGAGGAUAGAGAAAGAAACAGGAAGAGUGAUUAAAGGGUCAGAGAAAAAUGAAGAAGUUGAGUUAAUUCAGAAUAUGGAUCCAAAAAAAGCACUUUCCUGUCAUCAAAAAAUUCCUUUUAAUCAAGUUAUGCAAUUUACUGGUAUACAAGCUAUAGUUGAACAUGUUAUGUUUGAGACUAAAAUUCAUCUAAUAGAUCUUAAUAUAAAAAGUGGGGUUCAGUGUAUAACUUUGAUGCAAGCUUUGGCUGAUAGAAAAGAUUGCAUGGUUGAGAUUUUUAAGGUAACUGCUAUUGGAGUCAAUUCAUGCAAGGACAAGAUUGAAGAAACUGGUAAAAAUUUAGCUAGUUUCGCGGUAUCGUUGAACUUACCCUUUUUAUUUAAGGCUAUUUUAGUAGAAGACAUGUUGGAAAUUAAAGAAGAUGAUUUCCAAAUCGAAGAGGAUGAAGCUGUUGCGGUAUACUCGCCAUAUUUUCUUAGGACUUUGAUAUCAAGGCAAGAGAGUUUGGAAAAUUUGAUGAGGGUUAUAAUGUAUAUCAAACCAUCUAUAAUGAUUGUUCUUGAAAUUGAAGCAAGUCUUAAUUCGCCGUCAUUUGUGAACCGGUUUGUGGAAGCGUUGUUUCACUACUCGGCUUUUUUCGAUAUCCUUGAAACAUGUAUUAAAGAGGAGGAUGAGUGUAGAAUGAUGACAGAAGGAAUAUUAUCUGCAGGGAUAAGAAAUAUUGUUGCAACAGAAGGUAGUGAAAGGAAUGUUAGAAAUGUGAAAAUUGAUGUUUGGAGAAAGUUUUUUGCAAGGUAUAGAAUGGUUGAAACUAGGUUUAGUGAGGCAUGUAAUUACCAAGCUGAAUUGGUGGUUAAGAAGUUUGAUUAUGGGAAUUUUUGCAAUGUGGAAAAGAAUGGGAAGUGUUUGAUAUUAGGAUGGAAAGGGACUCCAAUGCAUUCAAUCUCAGCUUGGAGGUUUCUUUGAUGGUGAUCUUCGGAUGUAGAUUUGUUGCAGUAAUUUUUCACACUGUUUUUAAUCUUGACCGUUGAUUUUAGAUUAGACGAAUGUAAUUUAAAAUAGUGUGAAAACUUUGAGAAAAUAAACCGUAGGAAAUCUGUUUUCGUGAUGUUCAAUCUUGAUUUCUUUGUAAAAUAUAAUAAUGCUAAGUUUUUUUUUCUUCUAAUU